GAGUCUCCUGCUGCCAGACUGUGUGUUAACAUCAAAGUGGACCAAAUCAGGAACACCGUGUGAUUCCUAAGACGUCUUCUUUUUUGUCCACUGCCUGUUGUGCACAAUGAAAAUUUGCAACAGAAUAUCCUACCUGCUGUUCACGCUUAUCUACAUUUCAUUACACACAGUUCUGAAUGCACAACAACUCAAAAUGUUGGCUGAAAUGUCUGCAUCUAUUGGAAAUGAUGUCACCAUACCCUGCCAAUUAAUCCAGCAGCCAGAGAAUACAAGUAUUACUCAGGUUCAGUGGACUCUCCAGCAACCAGAAAAAGAAGGUUUCCCCAUUAUUGUUUGUAACAGCCAGUAUGGGGUGAAUAUUCCCAAGUCUCGACUGAGCCAGAGGGUGAAGUUGGCAGAACAAGCGUUGAUGAUUCAGGCUGUGGAAAUGGCAGACGCGGGGUCGUACACCUGCAGCAUUUCCACCUUUCCCAGUGGUAAAUUUGAAGGAACCACCAAACUUGUUGUUGAAGGUGAGAUGGUGAGAUUACCAAGACUGAUCGCUUUUGGAGUAUUCUUGCUGAUAAAUGGGGCCAUGAUAGCCACAACUUAUUUCAUUAUUAGAAGAAGAAGACAUAAGGCUGCCUUUGAGCAUCGGGUCUACACAGAUACAGUUGAAACACUGAUGUUAGACUGAAAGAGGUACAAGAUCUUUUCUGCAGUGAUGUCGAGUUCAAACCAUCCUGAAAUGUACCUCAUCCUCCACUGACAAGCAUAAAGAGACUCAGGAUGUUAUGCUUCAAAUGAAGAUACACUUUUACAUCACUCAUUACAACAGUUACAUCUUCAUAGUAAUGAAUACAUGAAGAGAAGCCUACUGGUCUAUAUUUCCCUUAAAGCUUUUUUUUCCUUGCCUCAAUGCAUGCCUGCCAAAAGGGUAGUAAAUGCAUGCUUAGUUCUGUGGUUUAAAGCAAACAUUGGCCAAUCUUUGCAUUACAGAAAAGUAAUGCAAUUUACAAUUUCACAAUUUGCCCAAAGAGAGGAGGUCAUAGGAAGUAUUCCUGCAUUGCACAUUCCCAGAAGGGACAUCACUUAAGGGUGUUUGGGGGCAGCAGUGGCCCAAAAUGUGGAAGGUUUAAUGGGUGUUAGAGUUGUCACUGCAAUAUAUGAUUGGCCACCACGGAGCUCCAUAUAUUUGCCUGGUUUGUUUCUCCCGAUGCUGUACCUCUGUGAAAGGUAUUGAGGGCUGUUUGCAGUCAAAAGUUUUAGUUGAGUCUUUUGGCUGCUGGUUCCAAAAUCAAUUGUUGGCUGUGAAUAUUUCUUCCAUGAGCCAGUGGAAGAACAAGCUUCAGCGCAACAGUGACCUCAUGUGUUGAAUUGAUGAAAUGCAAUUAGCCUUUAAAUUUGGAAGUGUUCAAAUCAAACUCAAACCUACCUAUCUUCAAAGGCUUAUAUGUAUGUAUAUAUAU